AUGGGUCAGGAAGAAUCUGGACUAAUGGUUCCUGGCGCUGGAAAUCCACCAGCAUCUCUACCUAGCGAUUGGCGUUAUACAAUUCAAACAGUAGUAAUGGAACGUCGAUUAGUUCCUGUCAAUAAAGAUCAAUAUAAAUUUCAUGCAGAGCUUGGUGCCGGUGCCUUUGGUUCGGUUUAUUCUGCUCGUCGUAUUUCAGACCAUAAACCGGUAGCUAUCAAAGUAGUGUCACUUGUCACAUGGAGUAGUGCAGAUGGAGAGAUGCUUGCCGAAUCAAUUCUUACUGAAAUUGAAAUGUCAAAGCGUUUAUCAAGAGCAUCUAAUCAUGUUGUACGCAUGUUUGAUUUUGACUUUCAUAGACAAUCAGGUCUGGCUUUUCUUGUUAUGGAACUUGGUCAACAUGAUUUAGAAAAGAGAUUGAAAACGCAACCUCGCCUCUCAAAUGCAGAAAGAAAAAUAAUAUGGCGACAAUUAGUCAGCAUUGCAAUGGUUCUUCAUGAUAAUAAUAUUGUACAUCUUGAUAUUAAGCCUCAAAAUCUUAUAGUAUUUCCUGGUAAUAGAAUCAAAUUGGGUGAUCUUGGUAUCGCUCAAAAAGCAUACCGACAUAGGGUUGGAAGUAAUGGUACUUGGUUAUAUUCGGCACCAGAAGUAACAAUGGCUCCAAGACAUCAUGUUGCAGUAAAUACAUCAAAAUCAGAUGUUUGGUCAUGGGGUGCUGUUCUCUACCGUAUGACUUAUCAAGAACCACCUGAGUAUACGCCUCCAUGUUAUCGUCCACCAAAGAAUCAACAUACAUAUCGAGAUCCUCAGCUUGUUGAUGUACUACGACAUACGCUCGUUCGUGACAUAAGAGAAAGAGCAGAUCCUCCAUGGCUUACUCGACAUCCUUACACGGGAACACCUUGA